AUGAGCGUCAGAGCCACAGUAAGCAGCGAGCUGUUUGAUGACUACAUCCGCCGCACCAGGGAGCAGCACGGGUACACGCCCUUUGAGUACUGGGUGCCCCCGAAGACGCUGCCAGCCCGUGCGUUGAGAAAGUUCAACAGCAAGGAGUUCCUCAACAGGUCGAGCGAGUCGCAGAGGCGGGUCGCUUCGCGUCAGCCCGGAGUCCACCGUCGCUCGCAGCCGCGGCCUAAGACGGCGCAGCGUCGCCAGAUGCACGAGAUGAGGGAGGCCAGGAUGCAGAGGCAGCGGCGGCAGCGCCUUCAGAGGCUGGAGCAGCAGCAGCUAGAGCGGGAGCAGCAGAUAGAACUGGAGGAACCGCAGCAGCAGCAGCAGCAGAAAGACCUGCGGCCUAAGAACUCGUCUGCAGAUUCUUCUAGCCGCGAUUCUGCAGUGGUUCUUGAUCCUGUGGAAGAGACCGCCUCCUACGAGCCUGUGUGGCAGGAGUGGCCCUCUUCCGUACCGCCGACUUACCAGGACGUCGUGAGGAUAAGGCGCGGUGCAGACAUGGCGCCUAUCCCGGCGAGUGUCAUGGACGAGAAGAGACUGCUGGCCGCUGCUGCUGAGUCGGUGCGUAUCGUCGACGAGCACCCCGCCCUAAGAGGUAGUGGUGCCAACAGUUUUGAGGAACACCCCGCUCUCAGAGGUGGUGGUUCCGAGGGUAUUGUCUCGGAUGGCACACACAACGCAGCCAGGGGCUCGUGGUUUCGUCGGGACCAUCCAGCCAGCGACGAGGAAUCAACCAAGAAGGGCUUCAGGGGAUGGAGCAGACGCACCACGGCACUCGUCGUCGCACUGGCGGUUAUUGGUCUUGUAAUCGUUAUUGUAGUUCCUGUGGUUAUUACGACGGAGCAACAUAAAAAUAGAUAUCCCGACUAUUUCAAGAUCAACUACACCCUCACAGAAACCUAUUCAGGAGAAAACUUUUUUGAUAAGUUCAGCUACUACAGCGGGGACGAUCCAACCCACGGCUUCGUAAAAUACGUGACGCGCGAGGAAGCCAAGAUCUACAAUCUCACCUCUACCUCCAGCACAUCUGCCAUCCUGCGCGUCGACAACACGUCGAGCCCCUACACCUUCCCCGACGUCGCCGAGGGCCGCAUGUCGGUCCGCGUCGAGUCGAAGCGGCAGUACGACCGCGGGCUGUUCAUCUUUGACGUCAAGCACACGCCGUUUGGCUGCGGCACUUGGCCGGCGCUGUGGCUGGCGGGCCUGACCAGGUGGCCGCGCGACGGCGAGAUCGACGUCAUGGAGGCCGUGAACCGCGCCACCGAUGGCAACCUGCAGUCGCUGCACACGUCGGGCGGCUGCUCCAUGGAGGGCGUCAGGCGCAUCAUGACGGGCGCCGCCGCCAAGGCCGACUGCUACAGCGGCGGCGAGGACAACACCGGUUGCAACGUCCGCGGCGACGGGAACGAUACCUUUGGGUCUGGGUUCAACAAGGCCGGUGGUGGUCUUCUUGCCGUCGAGCUGCGCGACGAGGGCAUCAGGACCUGGCAGUUCACCAGGGCCAAGGUGCCGGCUGAUGUCGAGGUCGGCACUCCAGAUCCCAGCGGCUGGGGUCCCGCCAUGGCGGACUUCCCCAGCACCGAGUGCAACAUUGGGGAGCACUUUAGGAACCAGAGUAUCAUUCUCAAUAUCUCGCUGUGCGGUGACUGGGGGGAUAAGGCGUACGCCGGUUCUGGUUGUCCGAUGAAUUGCUCCGAUUUUGUCGCAACAAACCCAUCCGCUUUCACGGAUGCGUUCUGGGAGUUUGGUGCCUUCAGGGUUUAUGAGCCCAUUAAGAAGUAAUAUCAAUGGUGAUGAAUAAUGACCUUUUUUUUUUUUGGUUCUAAUGGUUGAUUAUAAAAGUUAU